CUUCAGCCCUGACUAGGCUCACUCCGACUUGGCGGCUAUCCACGCUCCCGCAAUGAUGGCCCUCAUUCGAGAUAACCAUCACCAGAAAGAGACGUCGACGUCUUGCAUCAAACUGUCUCAGGCCAGCCAUCAGCAUCAGUUUGCCGGUGGAUGCUCCGCUCAUCCCUAGCCUACUCAUUCUCGGGCACAGACACAGUUCCUGCUCUCUAGGCCUAUCAACACUCAACGCCAGCAACCCAUCGCCAUCGCAUCACCGUUGCGGCUGCAAGGAAUGCCUGCCUGGACUUACUCACACUGGCACGUAUCCAUCCACAUUGGUGCAAUACAUACUGACAUAGCGGCUGAACGGGCCUUACCGUCCUCUUGCGUGGCGUUAAGCUCACUCACCCCCGUGUGCCUUGGACUAACAUUAGCGGCCAUGGACUUGGCCGCCAAUGACUGAAGACAAUGUCAAUACGACUUCUCUCAAAGAUGCAUACCCGCUGUCAAUUCGACGGUGUCUGAUAGUUGUUCGGAUUCAAGUGCAUAGAGACCUGAGACAGAGCCUGGGAGAUGAAAUCCACCUCACCCAGCAGCUACAGCUCACAAAGUCAUCAAUCUCCCGUCUCGACCACCAGAUUGGAAUUUGGGCACUGUUACUACCUACAUCAAGGUACCCUUCGACCUGACGGCUCCGUCCCGGCUCGCACACCAUCUUCUACCAAGGAUGACAGGGCGAGGCCGCCAGGGCCAGGUCUGGAGUCCCAUGCUGCUGCAGGUCGUCCUGAAGAGUAAUAGAUGGGAUCAGCGCAUCGCUCCACUUCCACCGAUGCCUCUUCAGGCUGAGGUACGUACUUGAGGCUCUGCUCGACCAACUCAGGGAGUGCCCAAUGCCCGCGUCGGCGGGACUCUCCAGAUAGGCUGGCGAGACCUUCUGGCCAUACAAAUCUUGGGGUCUUUAUAAUCUAUUAAGAUGUCUGCCCUCGCCCUCCACCAUGGCGACUCUUCUCUAUUGUGGUCAACAGGUUCCAGCAAUCCUUUUCUGGUCAAUUCUUUAUAAACUUCCCUUUUUUCCAUUCCCUACUUACACCAAGCCUCCCACUCACCUUACCUAAUUCCCCAAGCUUGCACUACCGGUGACUUAUUUACACGUCCAACGUCUUGCGUUACCAAGUCGACAUUUUGCACUCUUGAUAUACAUGCCCAUUCGCCAUUUCAGACCUAAUGGUUCUUAACUUCGGCGCUAGGACUUGAACAGCUCAGUGGCUCUUCCUCCUCCAGGUUUUCUUUUGCUUUGAAAGCUCUGGCAUACCGUGCUCUUGUUCUUCUUGUUGUCUUUCGCUGCAAAGAGCCUUACUUACAGUGCCUCUCUAACAAAAGGGGAUCUGUUGACAACAUGACUGUCCAAUCACCCUAUGAGAGGAACAACGGAGCUAGGUGUUUAUCUGACACACGUUAUUUCUCCUAUUCCGGCCCUGACUCAAUCAAUCACGAAGACUUCACCUGCCAAAUUGAUCCCCUUCUUCAACAUAUGGUACCCUAUCCCAGCCACGAGGUCACCUACUAUGGUGCCAACAGCAUGCAGAGGUAUCUGCAGGAGCCUCAGAGCAACUACUUCAUCGCUGCAUCAAACAUUGAUAUCCCAGGCACUCGAUAUGCCGGAAUUUACCCCGAUAUGAGUUGUCCUGCUCAUCAAAGUUCACAAGUUCGCCAGGGCUCUCCAAUGUCCUACCAACCAUCAUCAGCCGCGAGUGGCCCACAAAGUCCCAAUUGGACAGAUAAUGAUGCACAUGUCAGCACUCUAGGUCCUUCUACACCCUCCGAUGUUGCAGUCUUGUCUCCGAACAUCGUUGGUUCAGGCUCUCUGUCACCUAGUGUCUCCCUUUAUGGGUUGUCAAGUGGUCCACAAGGAUGUGUGAACCCGGCUGUCAUUGAACCAAGUCAACCCUUUUCAGAAAUCACAGAGGAGCAAGAGAUCAAUGCUUUCACCCUCGACAUGAAUGCUGAGUUUGACGGCGCCACUCCCAAUUCCACCUACCAAGGUGACGGCUCGAGUUCUCCAUCGACUUUCGACCCUUCACCUUCAAAGUUAUAUCCUCAACCCGAUACGAAGGCGACCUACCCUGAUCCUGACGACACGGAUCUGGACAUAAAUCUCGAAAACGAAGCUGAGACUAUCCAUGUCGACGACGGUGACGAUGAAUACAGACCCAAUUGUAGAACCAAGUCACCUCGAAAUGCCAAAGGUGGCAGUCGACGUGGCCGCGGCAGUCGACUAAGUUCCAGUGCCAAUGCUAGCAGAGGAAAGGUUACCAAAUCACGGCCUGUUACCCACGGUACCCCAGCGCGGAAAUUACUCUUCUCGUGCGAAAGCAUAUUGUGCAUGCAUUGCCAGAAAGUGUUCAACGACGACGUAUCACUACAGAAACACAUCAAUGCCAUGCAUACUCGCCCUUUCAUCUGCGUCUUCCAUUUUGCGGGCUGUAACCACGCUUUUGCAAACAAGAAUGAAUGGAAAAGGCAUGUUUCCGCUCAGCAUUUGAACCUACACUACUGGCUUUGUACAACUGGUGCCUGCGGAUAUCCUUCAACCCCACUGAAAUGUGUUCUAGGCAACGCUACACAUUGCAGGGUCUUUAAAAGAAAAGACCUCUACACACAACACAUACGCCGGAUGCACGCACCUGACGAGGUUGCCAAGGCUGACAAGAAAAACAAGACCUUCCCUCCUGACUGGUUAGCCCAGGAGAAGAAGUUACAGGAGGAAGCAUUCCGACAGCGUUGCAAAUUGCCAGACUACAUGCAUUGCCCAGCUAAGGGCUGCACAACAGUCUUCAAUAACGGCCAUAAGACUUGGGAUGACCGAAUGGAGCAUGUCGCUGUUCACCUUGAGCGUGCCGCCAAGAACGAGGAGCCACAUGUCGUUUUCGGGGGUACAAACGACGAGGCUCUCACGCAAUGGGCUUCACACCCCCACGUUCGUGUCAUUAUGUCCACCAACGGACGCUGGGAGACAUGUCAACCGCUCAAGGCGGCUAAGACAGAGUUAUCAAGGCUAACCAGUGUUCAUGACGAAGGCCUGGAUGAGGAUGCAGAAGGUGAGGAAUGCUAGAAGUCAUACGAUUGGCUUCAUACCACCAGUGCAUCAUUUCUCUAUCUUUGUAAGCUUUUCAUUUCACAAACUGGUGUCGGAAUGCGUUUUGGUAUAUCUGCAAAUUGGGGUCGUAAUACUGAAGAGUCGCGAACAAUGUAUUGGAUAUUUAAGGGGGUUUCUUGGCGUUUAUUCAAUUAUUAUACCACUAUCGUACCUAUACAAGUUCCUAACUUUGAUAAUUUCUGAUAAGAAUGGAUUAAUGUUCUGUCUUGCACAGCCAAUGGAUACAAGGAGGGAAUGAAUGCGGGAAUUUAUAGUUUGGUCUGGUCGUGCUUGGUUUGCACGACGACAGAGUUGCUGAUGUCAGAACAUCUUCGUUUUUUUUUCAUGUUUCCCUCCACAUCUUAUCAUCCAAACUGAUCACUGAACCAUUUGGGCUCCUUCGCGCGAAGCGUGAUGCAUUGAUCAAGGUUGCGUUGCUACACCACGUUGGGCACGGCGUUGUUGCCGACCUUUGCAUGCAAGUGCGUAUCCAGGCUCAUGAGCUUUACGCCAUUCAAUAUAUUCUUCAUAUUUUUGCUGCUGAAUUGGGUCCGGGUUUGUCGGUUUGGGAACAGGGUGUGGGCGAGGUUGAUAACAACUACUUCCCGGCGUUGGAUUGAAGAGAAUCUGAGGCGCUACAGAAGUGCCCAUGAAGUGACCUGAUGCAACAGGAUACUGUGGUAGAAGAGGACUAAACAUUGCUAGGCUCGGCGUAUUGCCGAAGGUGGCAGGCGUUGGCAGGAUUCCAAGUCCAAGACCAGGUAGCACUCCAGGGGUGAGGAUAUUUCGCACUGAAGGGCCACAAGCACCCCCUGGGGACCCAUAAUGGGCGGGCGGCGAUACAUUCGAUGAGUAGUUGAUCUCUUCUGAGUCCUGUUUGGCUGCAUCGGCUGUACUUAUCACUGGAACAGAUGUACUCUCUGUACUGUUGGCACCAAUGUCUGACUGUAGUGCGGGAACAGAAAUGUCGUCCAUGUUAUGAGAUGCAGUCCUGAUGGUGUUUCUAACGAUGUCUUCGCUUCCAUUCUCAGUUUGCCUUAGCAACAUACUCUUCAAAAUCUCGUCUUCUGAAAAACUGACAAUUCCCAGAGUUUGCGGUGCUGCCGGGAAACUUCUUUUGAAUGACAGGAAUUCCCUUGCCCUAGGGUUCAAUCCAUGUGUGAGGACAUCAGAAUCAAUUCGGAUUCCGGAGUCAUUAGAUGAGUCCUUACUUCUCCGUGGAUCGCUAUAAAGAGAGCCAAUACCGGAAUCAGAGCUUUGUUGUUUAGAUUGGCUCGGCUGCUGGCUUGAUUUUGGGCCCCAAGGACAACCAUGGCUGAUAAAAGGCCUAUCUAUAUCUCUCUUACUUUUUUCAGUCUCAUUUUUUGAUCCUUUAUGAAGCUUUUGCAAAAUUUUCAUGAAAGCGGCUUUUCUGCGUUCGAGUUCUUCACUCUUUCUGGUUUGCUCAGCUGACGAUGACGGGCCACUGGGUACUUCCGGUUGGAAUUUUCCAUGUGCGCUGCCGAUGUUGGCAACAGCUGUGCCCUUCAGUACAGCUUGCCUGGUCUUGUCAGUCCUUUCUUUGUCGAAUUCACUCUCGUUUCCAGCCUCUGUGGGGAAAAUAUGGCGAUGAGUUCGGCAUCGUUCUGCAUUGGAG